AUGAUGGAGCUGCUGACUGGAGAGGUUCCUGUAAGGUGUCAGGAUGUGGCGGUCUAUUUCUCCAUGGUGGAGUGGGAGUACAUAGAAGGACACAAGGAACUGUACAAGGAAGCCAUGAUGGAGGCUCCCCGACCUCUGACAUCACCAGAUGGAUCCAGGAGGAGAAAUUCCCCCGAGAGAUGUCCCAAUCCUCUGUAUUCCCAGGACUCUCCAGAGGAGAAGCUCCCAACGAACCAUCAGGAUGAAAAUCUGAUUGAUAUUAAGGUUGAGGUUAAAGAUGAUGAUGAAGAGGAGAUGGAUUUAUGGGGCGAUCAUCAGUAUGGAAUCAUAGAAAGAAAUCCCCCCAAGAGAUGUCCCCGUCCUCUGUAUUCCCAGGACUGUCCAGAGGAGAAGCUAUCAGAGAACCAUCAGAUGACAAAUCAGGGGGAAGAUCUGACUGAUAUUAAAGUGGAGGAUGAAGAAGAUAACCUCUUCCUAAUACAAAAUCUAAUUUUAACCCUAACAGAAAAUCUCAAGAAUUCUGAGGAAAAUGUCAUAUUAACAGUAGACUAUAAAGAAAAAGAUGAAGAUAUCGGGCAGCGCUCUUCAGAAGAAAACCUAAUUACCUGUAAUGUACAUCAAGGACUUAACUUUACAGACCCGUCAUAUAAUCCUCCUAAUCAUGAGGAACCUGCUCCUGACCAAUCACAGAUUGUUACCACAAUUAUUGGGCAGGAAGGGGAUUGGCAUGUGGUUUGCUUCCUGGCAGUAAGCUUGACGGCCACAUUCAACUGGUUCUUGAAGCCUGCCCCUUUUGGUGAUGCAUCUAAUGACACAAGCAGGUCCAGGUUAUUCGUGACGUGGGUGCAAUCUUGGUGGAAGUAG